CCGGUCCAACAGGCACAUCGCACGCACCGUACCAGCGCUUGCUCUGCACACGACGAGGAUCCAGGACCGGUCGACGUGCUGCCCAUGUGAAGGGGUACACUGGUAGGCAGUUCCUUCAUUCCUAGUCUGUGUACAGAAAAGGAACAGAUCACUGGGUGUGGCAUUAUGAGUGACCAGCGGACCAAGUGGACAGCUAUUGUGGUGACUUGCACGGACGAAGCUUCUGCAGAACCACUCCAGUAUGAAUUGGAGGUUCGUCAGAAGAAGGGUUACAUCGACAAGGAUGUUCUCCUUCUGACUGUUGAAGACCCACAGACGAGAGUGGGCUCGGGAGGUGCCACCUUAAAUGCUCUGCUGGUUGUGUCAGAGCAUCUAAGCCAGCGGCAUGGCUACACAGUGGUGACCUCAGAUGUUCUGCUUUAUUCAUAUAUACUAAUUCUUCAUGUGGGGCGUAGCUUUUGCUUUGAUUCCUGUGGGCGGGCCUUUGUGACCCUCCCAGUGAGGCAUGCAUCCAAGGGAGAAGCUGGCUAUGAAGGAUUAGUGACGAACAUCGACCAUCUGAUUUGCACUGUCACAGAUAAGCUUUCAACUGGCUGCCCGCCUGGUGUAUGGGUCUGCAGCACAGACAUGUUCCUUACUGUACCGACCCCGCCCAAGAUGGAUUGGGCGGGGUUUGAAGGGGCGUGUGUCAUAAGUGUGCCGGCCACACAGGAGUAUGCACGCAAUCAUGGCAUCUACCGGAUUGACAAGGAUGGUGUUAUUCAGGACAUUUUCUUUCGUGGCGGGCCAACCGCAAUGAAGAUGUGUGCCCUGCGUGACGGUACAGGGGAUCCGUCAGACCACAUGGUGUCCCUGGUGGCUGGCGUGGUGUUCCUGAGCUCCAGAGCUGCAGAGAAGUUUUUGUUUCUUCAUGCAUUGCCUGGUCUUGAUGCAUGCACCUACCUUGGAAUGGACAGUGACGUUAAACCCAUUGAGCUCUCAUUGUUCUUUGACAUACUUCUGUGCCUGGCCAAGGAUGUAACCAAGGAGGAAUUUGUCUCUGGCGAGAAAGGUAAACCAUACAAUAUGGCUUACAACAAGAAGGAGCACGAGCAAGGAAUUGUGCGCAAUGCGAGGGCACAAAUGUGGAACAAACUGAGGGGACUGCCGAUGAAAGCAAUGAUGAUUCCUGAUGGGAGUCACAAUUACCUAACAAUGUCCCCCAAGGAGCAUCUGAAAUACAGGUUGUCUUGCCCGCUGCACAUGGACGAAGACAAGCAGUUCACCUGGGCCAACACUGUGCAUUCUUUCAUUCAGGGAACAUGUGAUGUCGAGGAAUCAGCCGUAAUAACAAACUGUACACUAGAGGGUCAUGUGACCAUCGGACCAAAAUGUGCCAUCUCACAUUGUCAUCUUCAGGGAGAUAUUGACAUCCCAAAGGAGUCAGUUCUCAUUAAUAUUAACAGCGACGCUUCCAAGGCUUUGCAGCAGCACUCGCUGUCUGCUGGCAUUUUCCUGCAAGCAUUUCACGUCAGGGUUGGUGGAUCCCAGAAGCGGGCAUGCAAAGUUUACACAGUGAUGGGACGAUUUGACAGCUUUGAGACACCCUAUGUGAAGGGUACCAGUACUUUCUGUAACUCGCCAUGGAUCGUGUUCCUGACACGGACAGGUAUUGACAGAGAAGACCUGUGGCCAACCAAUCAGACAGACUACGAUCGCACCCUGUUCAAUGCCAAGCUCUUCCCAGUCUGGAACCUGAGGGAGGAUGUGGGCAUUGCCGAGACGCUGUGGUUAGAAGGUGGGGGGCAAGAUGCUGGCAUGCUCGCACGGUGGCGCUUGUCUUGGCGUCUCUCCUUUGAAGACAUCCUGUCAUGUGUAAACCUCUCGGCAGAGUUUGCGUGGAGAAGGGAGCUGUUCUAUGGCAUGGGCAGGCACAGGGUAAAGGAUGUUCUGCUGGCUGGGGACAAUCAGAUCUUGAUGCCAUUCCUCAGAAGCGCUGCCGUCGAGGGCUACGCUGUGCAAAUAUUGGAGACGGUUGAUCAAGGAAUAUGUGAGAGCAACUCGCCUAGCAUAGCUGCCCGUGGCUUAGCUUUUAUCGCCAACAUCCUUGCUGCAAUGGCUGAUGGGAAGGGAGGACUGCGAAGUGGACCGGCAGCUAAUCCUGCCUGGAAAAGUGCCUACCAGCUGCUGGAGGAAGGGAAGCUAUGUGAGGGCAUGAGAGCCUUGACCAAGGAACGCAGCAAUUGGCUGGGUCGACCCGACAAACUGGUCAGAGCAGCCAGACAUUACGAAGGAGGGAAUCAGAUCUUGAUCAGGCUUGCUGUCAUGACAGCCAGGGAGUUCAUUGCCACACAACCCGGGGAAUCACCACCAAUGAACAAAUGGGUGCGGGCUUCCUGCCCGGGUAGGAUGGAUGUGUCCGGAGGCUGGUCAGACACUCCUCCAAUCACGUAUGAGCAUGGCGGUGCAGUGGUCGAUGCUGCAAUCCGAAUUGACGGCAAGAAGCCAACAGUAGCCCGGGCCAGGAAGAUACCAGAGCCUCAUCUUGUUCUGGUACUAGGCAGUGAUCGAGAACACUCUGUUCAGAUUGUCUGUAAGGAGCUGUCUGAUUGUUCGGACUAUGCUAAUCCACGGUCUUCAGGUGCCUUGUUGAAAGCUGCAGUCCACUGUGCUGAGGUGAUAAGUCUUCCUUCCUGCGAGUCUUUACAGGAGCAGCUGAUGAGGAAAUAUGGAGGAGGAAUCGAGCUAAACACAUGGUCAGAUCUCCCCCAAGGAUCAGGUCUUGGGACUAGUAGUAUUUUAGCCGGCGCAGCCAUCGCGGUCUUAUGGCGCAUCUCAGGAAAGACCUACGAUAACUCCUCCCUCAUUCAUGCAGUACUGCUGGUGGAGCAGAUGUUGACCACAGGUGGAGGGUGGCAGGACCAGGUUGGAGGUUUGACCCCUGGCCUCAAUAUCGGACACUCAGAAGCCAAGUUUCCCCUCAAAGUGGAUAUCACCCCCAUCCCGCUGAGUGAAGAGAUCCAACGCAAAUUCAAUGAGCACUUCUUGCUGGUAUACACUGGCAAGACUAGACUAGCCAGGAACUUGUUGCAAGAUGUUGUCAGAAACUGGUAUGCAAGAUCGCCGUAUAUUGUUGAGAACUGUGACAAUCUGACAAAGACUGCCUGGGAAUGCAAGAAGGCAUUUGAAGAAGGUGAUUUUGAGAAAGUAGGAGCAUGCAUGAACACUUACUGGUCUCAGAAGAAAGUCAUGGCUCCAGGGAGCGAGCCACUGGUAGUCCAGCGCAUGAUGGCGGCUCUGCAGGCACACGUCUACGGUCAGUGUUUAGCUGGUGCAGGGGGCGGGGGCUUCAUGUAUGUGCUGACCAAGGAGCCCAACGCUAUUGAUAAAGUCACAGAGAUACUCAGCUCUCUGGAGGGUGCUCACGAGUUCACAGUGCAUAGUGUGGAGCUGGACGGUGCUGGCAUUGAGGUAGUGAUGGAGGAUUGACAUGGAUCAACAGUUGUCCCAGAUUAGCAGAAUCAAAUUCCAGAGAGUCUUUCAGCAGAAAAUCCUUGCCUUGAAACAGCAAAUUUAUGUGCUAAGCACAAAUAGCAGGGUACCAAUCACAGGCAAUAUACAUACCAUGAUUUUGUAGAGUGGUAAACCUAUUGUGCCAAGCAGAUAUUUGCUGGGAUAAUACUUUCAAACUUGGCAGAUUGAUGGCAUUGGUCCCAGCUAGUUGCAGGGAGAGACGAUGCAGAUAUUUCCCUAACAGUUAAGCAGAUUAUUGUGCUCAUCGGAGCUUUGCAAAUUCUGUGAGGCUACAUCAGAAUUUCGACUCUGGAGCCACUUGAUUUGGAGACUGAAGCAGAAUCUUUCUGUGAGAAUUGGAAAGUUCCUGGCCUUUUGCCACAUUUUAAAAUCUGUGAAGGUGCAGUAUUUUUCAUUGUGAAUUUUUUUUUUACACUUUGCAGAUUGGUAAAGUCAGCAACUCAAAUUUUGUUCAUGUUGCAAUAUUAUGUUUCCGUAAGUUUUGAUUUCAAAAUAUUGCAAACCGAGUCUGUGAUUCAAGUCAACAACACUGUUUGUACAUGCAAUCCGGUGCAAGGCCUUUCCAUAAACAAUGGGUUAAAAUUUAAGAACAGGGAUUGUCUCUGGGUGUGUAGAGGGUAUGGUAUUGAUUUUCUUUUAACAUUUUGUAAACAGCAUUUAUGUUAACAGUUUUCUCCUGAUAUUUAAUUUAGAUGUCAUUGCCCUAUUUGUCCUUUGUCUUACUCAACAUAGUGCAGCAAUUUCAUCGCUCUUCAAUCCCACUAACCAGUAAUAUUACCUAGGAUUUUAAUGGUGAGGGAUUGUAGUGUCUGGAAGAUAAUUAUGAUUCACGUAUUUUUAUCUCAAAGUAAGAUUACUUACCUAAAGUAUUGAAAGAUAAGUUUGAUAUUAGAAAAAGAUAUUUUAGAGUGUAUUGUAUGAAAAGUAAAUAUUACUUUUCGUGGUAGUUCUCCAAGAGCAGAUUACACAGGCUAAGUUCAAGUAAUAAGUUUAAUUAUUUUUUUUUCUCCUGCCAAAGGAUUAUCGUUCAACUGCAGUUAAGCUGCAGUUAAGCUUGAUGUUUAUGCUUCUGAAUAACAGAAAUACAUGUAGUAGGUAUUUGGAAUGGCUUUCAAUUACACAUUUCUGCCGCAGAUUGGAGAAGGCUAGAAGAGAAUGCUAUCAGAUGGCAUUGAAAAGCAAGUUUUAACCAACUAUAAUUGGAAAUAUCUUGUAGUAUAUAUGUGUAAAAGUACUAACAUGGGUAAUUGGUGGUGAUGUGGCUCUUUAAUAAUAACUUGAGUGAAAUUAAGGUCAAAAUACAACAGCAUGAGCUCAACUAAAAACAGUAAAGAAAAAAAUCCAUUUGUCGACUUCGUAGCCUUUUAGAAAAAAAAUUAAUCAUCAGGAACUGUGAAAUGUAGAGGGAAUUAAUUGUCCGUUUUUAGACCGUGAGCGCUGCAUGCAGCUCCUUGCUGCCUUGAAUGGGUCACACUUACUUGUAAAGCAUUUAUCGCAUUUUUAGGACUGUUGAAAUUUGGCUCAAGACAAAAACAAACUGCACAUGCAAAUGAAACUUCUCGAUUUCAACAAUACAUCUGACUACCAGGUAGUAUGUUUUCAAAUGGUCAGAUUGUUAAUGAAAACGAGAGGAUGCCUCCUUUAGAAUGCUUCUCAGUUUCACCUGAAAGUCUUUGAAAUCUUGUUCUGUUGAGAAAGCUGAAGGAUGAUAGUUUAUAUUUGACGAGAUUGAAUUUGUCAACGAAAGCUAGCAGUACAUGGCUGCCAACUGGUCAAGAGGUGAUGUACUCUCAGCACGUUCUCGGAUAUCAUAGACACUUUUUGCAUUUCAAACGUCCACACCAAUUUGAAAGAUUUUUUACAGAGGGGACUAAUUUAUGACAAAACGGGUACUCGGGUACAUUAAAGCAGACAGAGUCAAACAUUUGUCAUUUCUUGUUUUUUUUCUUUUCUGUUACUUCCAACAGAUUCGGUCUGACAAAAGUAAGGCCUAGGGGUAAUGCCCUAACCAGAACGUAUGUUGCCCGCACAAACGCAGCAUAUAAUCUGUACGCGUAAUUUAAUUUCAUUCAUUAGCUUAUACCUUAUACGUGUGGAGUAUAAUUUGAAUUUAUAAUUAUUAUUAUAUUGAUAUGUAAUUUAAAAAGAAACCAACCGAAACAUUGCCCUUGAAACCAUUCAGUUUUUUGCUGGUUGGAGUAUUCAGCAUAAAUAUCGAAGUAUUAAGGCUGCAGAAUCGGCGUGUUCGGCAGGGCAAGUGACCACUUGCACAGUGCGAAUGAAGGAUUGCGGAUCAUUAAUUUGGGUUCUGUAUAAUUGUAUAAAUAUAACGAAACCCAAUUGUGGAAAUGAAGUAAUUUUCUUGAAACUGAACAGAAUAUUAAAACAGUUCCCAUAGCUUCAGUCUCUAC